GUAAUCCAACCACACGAACAGAGUUUCUAUUUAGCUGCUAAACAAACCCACUCCUCCGUACAAAAAAAUAUUAGUUAUAAACAUUAUAUUAUACGUAAAAUUUUAUAUUCCUUUACCGAAGUUUUUUUUUUCUUAUAUAUAAAUUUUGUUUUGCGAAAAAGAACUUAUUAUAGUUGUCUUUCUCCUUUGUAUUUUUCAAGUGAAGCCAAUUUUAUACACAAAUCCCUAUGGACUUUAUUUCAUCUUCUUCUUCUUCUCAACAACGGCGCACAUUAGUUUUUCUCUUUAACCUACGCUAGUCCUUCAACUUUUUAGCUAUAUAUAACUUGGUGAAACUUGAGAGUGUUUUUUUUUUUCGGGUCAAACCGAAAAUGGAUCCAUGUCCAUUUGUGAGACUGAGUGUGUGUAAUUUAGCGUUGAAGAUUCCGGUAGCAUCGAAACCAGCUCGUUCCGUCGUGCAUCCGUCGUCGUCGCCGUGUUUUUGUAAAAUCAAACUGAAGAAUUUUCCACUACAGACGGCGGUAGUACCGUGCAUUUUGCCGGAGAGUCAGUUUCCCGAAAGUCAUGCGGCGAGUUUUCAUUUAAGCAAGUCUGAUCUCGAGAAGCUAGUUGCAAAGUCUUUGUUUGGUGGCGGGAAGUUGUACUUGAAAAUUUCGAUUUACACUGGCCGGCGAGGGUCGACAUGUGGAGUGAAUUCAGGGAGGUUGUUAGGGAAAGUCGAUGUACCUUUGGAUCUGGCGGGAAGUGAAUCUAGGUCAGUGUUGUUUCACAAUGGUUGGAUUGUGAUCGGAAAGGAAGCGAAGAGUUCAAGUGCGCAGUUUCAUUUGAGUGUUAAGGCGGAACCUGACCCGAGAUUUGUGUUUCAAUUUGACGGUGAGCCGGAGUGUAGUCCUCAGGUUUUUCAAAUUCAGGGAAACAUUCGUCAACCUGUUUUCACAUGCAAGUUCAGUUUUCGGACCACCGGUGACCGGAAUCAGAGGUCCAGGUCUUUGCCAUUGGAGCAUAGUAGUUCACGAGGAUGGUUAAGUUCGUUCGGAAGCGAAAGGGAACGACCAGGGAAGGAACGAAAAGGAUGGUCAAUUACAGUCCACGAUCUCUCUGGUUCACCAGUCGCUGCUGCGUCGAUGGUUACACCAUUCGUAGCCUCGCCAGGAUCAGACCGAGUAAGCCGGUCCAACCCUGGCUGUUGGCUAAUUCUCCGUCCAGGGGACGGAACAUGGAAACCAUGGGGUAGACUCGAGGCCUGGCGCGAACGUGGCUCGGCAGACGGCCUCGGGUACAGGUUCGAACUCAUCCCAGACACAGCCGCAGCUGGAAUAGUCUUGGCUGAAUCAACCCUAAGCUGUAACAAAGGCGGAAAAUUCGUGAUCGACCUCGGAACGAGUGUAUCAACCAAUGGGAAAUCGACACCUGUUACCGCUGCCUCACCGGCGUGUAGCCCGAGAGGGAGUGGUGAUUUCGGGUAUGGACUUUGGCCUUGUUGUAUGUAUCGAGGGUUUGUAAUGUCAGCUAAUGUGGAAGGUGAGUGCAGUAAACCAACAGUGGAAGUUAGCGUACAGCAUGUGAACUGCACGGAGGAUGCAGCGGCAUUCGUGGCUUUGUCAGCUGCUAUUGAUCUCAGCAUUGAUGCCUGCAGGCUUUUUUCUCAGAAGCUUAGGAAAGAAUUGUGUCCUUCUCAAGAUUUACUUUUUUAACUGUUUUUCAUUCCCCAAUAAGAAGCCGCGCGUAAUGAAAGCUUUAGUAUAUCGAACUGAGCUGCCCUUUUAACCGUUUUUUCAUUGUAAUUUUCUGUGUUGUUUUACUGCUUUUUGUGAGUAGUAAAUGGUGGCGAUGAGUUUUAGUUUUCGUCGGUCAUCACUAGGUUGAAAAAAUUCUCUGAUUGUUAGUAGUACUAACGAACAUUAUUAGGUUGAUGUUUUGUUUCUUCAAUAUGUACAGAGAUUGUGGGGGAUUUGACUGACAGAGCACUUUUGUUGUUUUUUUUUUCCUUAACUUGGUGUGUUGCUCUUGUAAACUUUCUUCACUAUUGCAAGUUGUCAAUGUCAAUGUCGUUUUUCUCUUUA